CUUCUUGUCCUAGACCAGUUCAAUUCCUAGUCCAAAUACACAAAGUCAGCUCUUCUCUCUCUCUCUCUCUCUCUCUCUCUCUCUAAAAUGUCGGACGGAGGCUUAACGGUCCUCGACGGCAGCCACCUGAGAGGCGUCGACCUCAUCCUGCCGGAUGCUGACGCCAGCCUAACGGGAGCUCAGGUCCUCGACCUUGCCGUCUCCAAAGUCUCUUCCUCCCUCUUCGGCCUCUCGCUGCCUCAGAGCCUCAAGUCCUCUGCUUUGAGACGCAACAGCCUCCAAGACGACGACGCUUUCCGAAGCACGGAGCUCGAUCGCGCGCAGGCUCUGAAGGUGAUCGGCGAGUACAUCACGGCGAUCGCCGAUGAAUUGAAAGAUGAUCCGCUUGUCAUAUCUGUCUUGGACGGAUGCAAUCUUCGACUGUUUUUAGAGGACGAGGAUGAUUUUGCAAUGUUAGCGGAGAAUCUGUUCACUGAUCUGGAUGUAGAAGAUAAAGGAAAGAUCAACAAGAAGGAGAUCCGGAAUGCGCUUGCUCACAUGGGAGUUGAGAUGGGCGUUCCUCCCGUUUCAGAAUUUCCUCCUCUAAGUGAUAUCUUGACAAAACACGAAGCUGAUGGGGAUGAAGAAUUGGGCCAAGCACAAUUUGCUCAGCUACUCCAGCCUGUCCUGCAGGAACUAGCCGAGGCCCUGGCCAAAAAGCAUGUUGUUAUCAUCCAGAGUGUCAAGAUUGUAAAUGGUUCCAAGCUAAGAAAGUUUUUGGCUGAUGAGAAGCAAUUGAAAAAUGUGGUUGAGAAGAUAUUGCAAGAAGAGCACCAUGGAAAGGACGGAUUGGGGAAUGCAGAUAAAAUUAGGAGUUUUCUUGAGAAAAAUGGGCAAGAGUUGGGUCUGCCACCAUACGAACCCGAGGCAGUUACUCUUUUGUACGAUGCAGUGUUUGCUGAUCUAAGCGCAGAUAAGAGUGCUCCGGAAGCAGGUCAAGAUGAAUGUGGAAAUCUUGUGAAGGAGAUACUCGAGGAAUUCGCAGAUCAGCUAGAAGCGAGUCCUGUUUUUUGUGAUGCUUGAUCAUCCAGUCUCAACCGGCAGAGCUUCUUGUUUGUGUAGAUAACUCGUUUAUUCACGUGUUUUUGAAUCCAUACAGCCAAAAUACGAACGAUAUUACGGAUUGUGAAUCAUAGCAUGGUUUGUUUAAGGUGAAUUUCACUACUUUAAGCCUUUUUUGAGUGACUGAAUAACUACAUUACAGAGUUUACUAAACAUAAAACAAGGAUCUGAUGCAGAUUGCUUUCGAGUUUCA